AUGAUUCGACUGAUAACUUGCCACACUAUUAAGAAACUUUCAUUUUUAACUGUUAGGUUAUCCUCUCAUCAUUCAAGUAAAUAUGCCUGCUUUCACGUAAUUCGUAUUUCGUAUACUGGUCGUCGGCGAAAAAGAAUACGAAACUUGUUUAAUUAAUCAGCAUCAACUCGCUAAACAUUACGAGGAAUGUGUAACAAAAGUGAUGAUUUGAAAUUCGUUUGAAGUGUUCAAAAUUAUUUUAUUAGUAGGUAAAUAAUUAUUUUAACAAGAAAGUGAUUUUAAAAUUAUUGUUUCAGUAUGAAAGGUAUCAUAUCACAAAUUAGUUCUACUACAUUAAUUUUAUUAUUGCUCUAUACAUCGUCGUCGCAUUCGAAUCAAACGCUAAAAGAUAAAGAAGAAGCUUCUUUUUUCGACUUGAGUGAAAAAGAAGCUAAUAAGCAAACUGAAUUGAAGAAUAAAAGAGAGCUUUCAAAAUUACAAUCCACUUUAAUAAAUGUGCUCAAACCAGUUCCAGUCGUAGAUACAAUUCGACCAGAAGAAAAAUACGGGAAUAAGGGUGAUAAAUUUGAACGCAUAGGUCGCGGAGUCGUGAGUGGAGUAGAAGCCAUUUCUAAUGUGAUCAGUUCUGCAUUAACUUUUCCAAUGGAAGCCGUAAAGAAACUUUCAAGAUCAGCAACAGAAGCUCUAAAUAAUUUGGGGGGAAAACUAGUGGGCUUGCAGUGAUUAUUGUUAUUUUGUAUUAUUAUUUAAACAUUCUAUGCUAAGAAUAUAUCAAGUUGUAACCUACUCGUAUUUCGUAUCCAUAGUAUACAUACAUAAUUAUCUACUUA